AUGUGGUCUACUGGAGCCGUAGUGUGCUCUCCUGUUUAUCGAAUAUUCUCUACUUGUUGCCCGUUAAAAAGAGCAACAUCUUCGCGGCCAACACCACAAAAGAAAUUGGAUUUGAGUCGAGGCGGGAUUCCAGCUUACGCAAAGCCGCUCACUGUUCAGCCAACCGCCUACGAUCUUGAUCUUGAUGUGAAAAAUUAUGGGGAAAUUCGCUUCAAACUCGACUACAACUUCGAGCAUGGACAGCUCGCAGUGACAAUCAUCGAAGGGAGAGAUCUGCCUGCAAUGGACAGUAAUGGAAUGUCCGAUCCAUAUGUGAAACUCUACUUGAUGCCCGAGAAAAAGCAAAAAUUUCAAACAAAAUUCAUCCGGAACACUCUGAAUCCCGUUUACAAUGAAGUUUUCUAUUUCCCGAUUCCGUUCAAUGAGCUUCAAAGUAAAACUCUUCAAUUGGUGAUGUAUGACUAUGAUCGGCUAUCGAAAGAUGAUCGGAUCGGUCAAAUCUCAAUCCCGCUUGAGAGCAUCGAUUGGGGUCAAACCUCGGAGUUGACGAGAGCGCUGAACAAGCCAGAAAGCGAUGUCGAUGCGGAGUCACGUCUUGGUGAUAUUUGUUUUUCAACGAGAUAUCGACCAGCAACGGGCACUCUCACGAUCACCAUCAUGGAGGCGAGAAAUCUCAAGAAAAUGGACGUCGGCGGCUCAUCCGAUCCUUACGUGAAAAUCUAUCUAUUCCAUGGAGCAAAAUUGCUUGGAAAGAAAAAGACUUCAAAGAAGUACAAAACCCUUAACCCGUACUACAAUGAAAGCUUUCAAUUCAAGGUGGAACCACUAAUGAUGGAUAAAGUGCAUCUAAUAGUGAGUGUUUGGGAUUACGAUAAAAUGAGCAAAAACGACUUCAUUGGCGAGGUGGUUUUGGCAGCACGACAUCUCGAUGUGGCCAACGUGACAGCUUCAUGUCACGCGCAAUGGGCCGAAAUGAUGCAGUCGAAGCGGCCCGUCGUUCAAUGGCACACGCUAAUGCCGAAAUUCGAUGAAAAAGAGGAAGAU